UUAUUUUUCAUAAUCUCGAAAACAAAAUCGUGAAACCAAAAAAUCUUCUUCACCUUCAUAUCUAGGGUUUUAGAAUCGAACCUUGAACCAGAACAAUAACCAUGGCUUCCGAUGAUGAAAUCGAGAAGACGCAAGAAGAACGUAAGAAGAUGGAGAAACAACUCGAAUCUCUCACUGAACUCACCUUCGACACAGAUCUCUAUGGAGAUAGCGAUAAAGCUUCAUACUUUCCUUCAAUUCCUGCUACUGAAGAAGAAGAAACUCACGAUGCCGAAGUUAUUCCUCGCAGAAACUUUCAGUCAUACACCGGUCAUGACGUGGCCGUUCCGAUUAACAAUUCUAACGACGCCGGAGAUAAUGAAGUUGUUACGUCUCGGAGGAUAAUUGACCGUGAAGAUGAUUACCGGAGACGGAGAUUGAAUCAGAUUCUUUCGCCGGAUCGACAUGAUGCUUUUGCUGCUGGUGAGAAAACGCCGGAUCCGUCUGUUAGGUCUUAUGCUGAUAUUAUGAGAGAUGAAGCGUUGAAGAGGGAGAGAGAGGAAACAAUUAGGUUAAUUUCGAAGAAGAAGAAGGAAGAGGAAGAAGCUGGUAAGGCUGCACCCGUGGCUGAGAAGGAAAAAUCUCAGCAGAAUCAACAGCAGAAGAGGAGGAAUAGAUGGGAUCAGAAUCAGAAUCUGGAGGAAGGUGGUGUGAAAAAGUCUAAGACUUCUGAUUGGGAUGCACCGGAUUCGAAUGCGAUGACACCGGGUAGAUGGGAUGCUACUCCAACUCCCGGGAGAGUAGUUGAUGCUACUCCUGGGAGGAGGAAUAGAUGGGAUGAGACACCGACGCCGGGGAGGUUGGUUGAUUCUGAUGCUACACCGGGUGGUGUAACGCCCGGUGGUGUUACACCUGGUGGUGCUACUUGGGAUGCUACUCCUAAGCUUAGUGGCGGGAUUACUCCGACUCCGAAGAGACAAAGAUCGAGAUGGGAUGAAACACCUGCUACUAUGGGAAGUGUAACUCCAUUACCUGGUGCUACACCUGCUGCUGCUUAUACACCUGGUGUUACUCCUGUUGGUGGUGUUGAAUUGGCUACACCUACUCCUGGUGCUUUGCAAGGGUCGUUUACACCGGAGCAGUAUAAUUUGUUGAGGUGGGAGAGGGAUAUUGAAGAGAGGAAUCGUCCUUUGACUGAUGAAGAGCUUGAUGCUAUGUUUCCACAAGAAGGGUAUAAGGUUUUGGACCCUCCUGCUUCUUAUGUGCCGAUUAGGACACCUGCAAGGAAGCUUCUUGCUACACCUACGCCGUUGGGGACUCCUCUUUAUCAGAUUCCGGAAGAGAAUCGUGGUCAGCAGUUUGAUGUUCCUAAAGAAGCUCCUGGUGGUUUGCCUUUUAUGAAGCCUGAAGAUUAUCAGUAUUUUGGGGCUUUGUUGAAUGAAGAGAAUGAAGAGGAGUUGUCUCCAGAUGAGCAGAAAGAGAGGAAGAUUAUGAAGCUUUUGCUUAAAGUGAAGAACGGUACGCCACCACAGAGGAAAACUGCUUUGAGGCAGUUAACUGAUAAGGCUCGUGAAUUUGGUGCUGGUCCUUUGUUUAACCGGAUACUGCCGUUGCUUAUGCAGCCUACUUUGGAGGAUCAAGAGAGGCAUCUUUUGGUUAAGGUAAUUGAUAGAGUUCUUUAUAAAUUGGAUGAAUUGGUUCGGCCUUAUGUGCAUAAGAUUCUUGUUGUUAUUGAGCCCCUUUUGAUUGAUGAAGACUACUAUGCCCGUGUUGAGGGGAGGGAAAUAAUAUCUAAUCUCAGUAAAGCUGCUGGGUUGGCUACUAUGAUUGCUGCCAUGAGGCCUGACAUAGAUAACAUCGAUGAAUAUGUUAGGAAUACUACUGCUAGAGCUUUUAGUGUUGUUGCAUCUGCUCUCGGUAUUCCUGCUUUAUUGCCCUUCUUGAAGGCCGUCUGUCAGAGUAAGAAAUCUUGGCAAGCUCGGCACACCGGGAUUAAGAUUGUGCAGCAAAUUGCCAUUUUGAUUGGUUGUGCUGUGUUGCCCCAUCUGAGAUCUCUUGUGGAAAUUAUAGAGCAUGGUUUGAAUGAUGAGAACCAGAAGGUGAGAACGAUUACUGCUUUGUCUCUUGCUGCACUUGCUGAAGCUGCUGCUCCUUACGGUAUUGAAAGUUUUGACUCGGUGUUGAAGCCACUGUGGAAGGGUAUUAGGCAACACCGUGGUAAGGUGUUGGCUGCGUUUUUGAAAGCAAUUGGGUUUAUCAUUCCGUUGAUGGAAGCCUUAUAUGCCAGCUAUUAUACUAAGGAAGUCAUGCUUAUUCUGAUUCGGGAGUUUCAGUCACCUGAUGAAGAAAUGAAGAAAAUUGUUUUGAAAGUGGUGAAACAGUGUGUGAGCACUGAGGGUGUGGAAGCCGAGUAUAUUAGAACUGAUAUCCUCCCUGAAUUUUUCAGAAACUUCUGGGUUAGGAGGAUGGCUUUGGAUAGAAGAAACUACAAGCAACUUGUGGAGACGACGGUUGAGAUAGCAAACAAGGUCGGUGUUGCUGAUAUUGUUGGAAGAAUCGUUGAAGAUCUUAAAGAUGAGAGUGAACCUUACAGGCGAAUGGUCAUGGAAACUAUUGAGAAGGUGGUCACUAACUUGGGCUCAUCUGAUAUUGAUGCACGGUUGGAAGAGCUUUUGAUUGAUGGUAUUCUGUAUGCCUUCCAAGAGCAGACCAGUGAUGAUGCUAAUGUGAUGCUUAAUGGGUUUGGCGCAGUUGUAAACUCGCUUGGGCAGAGAGUAAAACCAUAUCUUCCUCAGAUUUGUGGUACGAUCAAGUGGAGGUUAAACAACAAGAGUGCAAAGGUGAGGCAGCAAGCAGCAGACCUCAUUUCGAGAAUUGCUGUUGUCAUGAAGCAGUGCCAUGAGGAACAAUUGAUGGGUCAUCUUGGUGUUGUCCUGUACGAGUAUCUCGGAGAAGAGUAUCCAGAAGUUCUAGGUUCAAUUCUGGGUGCUCUCAAGUCGAUUGUCAAUGUUAUUGGUAUGACAAAGAUGACUCCGCCUAUUAAGGAUUUGCUUCCCAGGUUGACUCCAAUUUUGAAGAAUAGGCAUGAGAAAGUCCAGGAGAACUGUAUUGACCUUGUGGGUAGGAUUGCUGAUCGUGGGGCUGAGUUUGUACCUGCCAGAGAAUGGAUGAGGAUCUGUUUUGAGCUUCUUGAGAUGCUUAAGGCACACAAGAAGGGAAUUCGUAGAGCUACUGUGAACACUUUCGGAUAUAUUGCGAAAGCCAUCGGACCACAGGAUGUCCUGGCAACUCUAUUGAAUAACCUCAAGGUGCAGGAGAGGCAGAAUCGUGUAUGCACUACUGUGGCCAUUGCUAUUGUUGCAGAGACAUGUUCACCCUUCACAGUUUUGCCAGCACUGAUGAAUGAGUAUCGUGUGCCAGAACUUAAUGUGCAAAAUGGUGUGCUCAAGUCUCUCUCUUUCCUCUUUGAGUAUAUUGGUGAAAUGGGAAAGGACUACAUCUAUGCUGUGACUCCUUUGCUCGAGGAUGCUCUCAUGGACAGGGAUUUGGUUCAUAGGCAGACAGCUGCAUCUGCCGUGAAGCACAUGGCACUUGGAGUGGCUGGUUUGGGUUGUGAGGAUGCGCUGGUCCAUUUGCUGAACUAUGUCUGGCCAAACAUAUUUGAAACUUCUCCACAUGUGAUAAAUGCUGUGAUGGAAGCCAUUGAAGGGAUGAGGGUAGCCUUGGGUUCUGCUGUUGUUCUUAAUUACUGUCUCCAAGGACUGUUCCACCCUGCCCGGAAAGUUAGGGAGGUGUACUGGAAGAUUUAUAACUCUCUGUAUAUUGGAGCUCAGGAUGCUCUUGUUGCAGCAUACCCAUCACUAGAGGAUGAGCACAACAAUGUUUACAGUAGAUCAGAGUUGAUGAUGUUUAUUUAGAUUGCAAUCAUCUAUGUAUUGUUGGAGGAGCAUGAAGCGUGUUCAAUCUUUUCCUUCUCACAUGCUUCCUGUUGGGAGGUUCCACAAGUUUGGCAGAUUCAAGCAUCACAACUGUUGGAGCAGUGAAAUUUCUGUUCAAAAUUUUCCUUCUAACACAUGUCCUCUUUCCAAUUUGGUCAUUAUAAUCAGCUUGGAUAGUGAAUUUAUAGGAUUUCCUUGCAUCGUCUGUUGAUUUGCUCUAUGUGAAUAGUUGCUUUCUAUUGUCUCAAUAUCUUCACUAAUGCUAUUUACGAUUAUUAUUUUUUCUUCAAUAGCCAUUGUUCUCAAAGUUUACCUUUGGUCUACAGUGUGGUUUAGGGGAUGAGUUUAGGUGCUGCAGUACCCACCCUUACAAGGGACCUGCCUUCAAAAUGGAGAAGAAGGUCGAACUGUCCGGUAACUUCCUUGCUGCAGACAUAAGAUAGAUAAUGUUGUACUCUUUGUCAUGAAAAUGGCAUAAUAGGAUUUUAUAUAGUACGAGAUUGCUAUCGGUUAUGUUUUCAUGCGCUUAAGGUGUUUGACUUGAUACAGUUUAAAGUGUUACUUUGAGAGAGAAAACAAUGCCUCUCAAGCUGUGUGUAUGUUUACCAACCACCCUGUUCCCAAUAGAGCCCAGCCCAUAUAGUAAAGUCUUGAUUAGUCGGUGUUGUAAAGUGAUGAAAUGUUCAUGCUAAUUGGACACAAUUCUGUACUGAACUUCUUUGUCUGCAUGUAUAUGCUCAAAUUUAUUAUGUCUCA